GUUCCCGCUUUUGUCCUUGAUUUGCCGCCAAUCACUCCGCCUACCUACUCUUCCCCCUCCCUCCAUCGUCUUGGUGGCCUGGGCAAGGGCAUCAUCACCCUGCCCUCUUUCUCCCGCCCAUCUCGCUCCGCCCUCCGCCCUCCGCCCUGCGACACUUGCCCAUCCGGGCUUGGUAUGACGUGGCCAGCAGUUGCGCGAUAACGCCAACCCCGACUCUCCGACAACCACUCCUCCCGUCCUCCACACCAUCUACACCCCCAUUGAUCACCCUCUCGCACUCCUCCACCGGCGCCAUGCCGCUCUUCACCGCCCCGACCUCCUUCCGCCUCCGCCAGGGUGCGGUGGUGGAAGAUCCCACCUAUGCCCUCCUCCACCGCCGCGCCUUCGCCGGCCCCCAAGACCACAACAACCACCCCGAUUUCUUCAACCUGGCCGGCCUGGUGAGUGAAGCCGUGCUGGAAGUCGUCUUCGUCGCCCUUCCCGGCUUCCUCGUGGCAUGGACGGGCAUGUUUGAUGCCAACAGCCAAAAGUUCGUCGCCGAGCUCAACGUCAUGGUCUUCACCCCCUGCCUGAUCUUCACCAAGCUCGCCGCGCAGCUCAAUGCCGACAAGCUGGCCGAUCUUGCCGUGAUUCCCGUCAUCUUCAUCGCCCAGACCAUUGUCAGCUGGCUGAGCGCGCAAGCCAUGUCCCACCUCUUCGGCUUUGGCAAAAAGCACAAGCGAAGACAGAAGAACUUUAUCAUUGCCAUGGGCGUCUUCGGCAACUCCAACUCCCUGCCCAUCUCUCUCGUCAUCAGCUUGGCAAACACCAUCGCUGGCUUGCAUUGGGACAAGAUUCCGGGGGAUAAUGACAACGAGGUGGCGGCGAGAGGCAUCCUCUACCUCUUGAUCUUCCAGCAGCUCGGGCAAUUGCUGAGAUGGACCUGGGGCUACAGCGUUCUGCUGAAGCCAGCCGAUGCCUACGAAGACGAUGAGAGAGACGACAUGCCCAUUGCCGACCGCGUCACCGAGGAAGGCAGGUACCGCGACGACGCUGACGCCGUCAUCAAGCCCGGCGACGCGCAGAAGAAGACAAACGGGAAGCCUACCGACUCGGCGAUAGAAUCAGAGCGCUCCGCAACACCCAUCAGCAUUGCCACAUCUUCCACCGCCGAGGAAGCGGACGAUGUCCUCGUCCCCAGCUCCCCGGUCGACACGCGAUACAUCGAAAACAUCUCCCCUCGCUCAUCGCGCUCCUCGCCCCAUACCAGCCGUCUGGAGCCGCGGGCGCGAUCAAUGAAUCACAUUACCACAUUCCCCAACUUCUCUCAAACCCCCUCCAAUCGCUCCGGUGGCGCCCCCCGAGGAUGGACCGCACCGUUUGCCACCGUUCGAGACAAAGUGCAGCACGCUUACUACAGCGUGAUCUCCACCAUCUCCACGUUCUUCAGCAACAUCUUCCGUCGCCUGCCGGCACCGAUGCAGAAAGUGCUGUCCUUCUUGCAGCACUACAACGGGCGCUUCUGGGCUGGAGUGUGGCGACAAAUGAACCCACCACUCUGGGCCAUGUUGGCAGCACUGGUCGUCGCAUCCAUUCCCAAACUACAAAGCCUCUUCUUCACUAAGGGCACGCUCAUCAACAACUCCGUCACCCGAGCCAUUGCCCAGAGUGGAGGGGUCGCCGUCCCGCUCAUCCUAGUGGUGCUGGGUGCCAACCUCGCUCGAUCCACCCUUCCCCGUGACCAAGUGGCGGAGACGCCAGCGGAGAAACGGGAGGAGCGCAAGUUGCUAUUCGCCUCCCUCAUCUCCCGCAUGAUUGUCCCCACCAUCGUCAUGGCGCCCAUUCUCGCUCUCAUGGCCAAGUACGUGCCGGUGAGCAUCCUCGACGACCCAAUCUUCAUCAUCGUUUGCUUCCUCCUCACCGGCGCCCCGAGUGCAUUGCAGCUGGCGCAGAUCUGUCAGAUCAACGGGGUGUUUAUGGGGGCGAUGAGCAACUUGCUGGUGGCGAGUUAUGUGGUGGCCAUCUUCCCGAGCACGCUUACCUUGGUUCUACUGGCGUUGGAGGUGGUGGAAUGGGCCGUUGUUUGAUGUGCGUUUCUGAUGUGCUUUUUUGCAAAAGUAUUGCGUCGGCGUUGUGGGAUGGGGUCAGAUACACCGGACACGGGAUGGGCAAAACGUUCCCUGCCUACCUUAUUACGCGACUGUAGGAGUAAAUACAGGGUAGUUUUGAUGCUACGCACAGGUCCACAUUGGGUGGAUGAACACACAUUUGGCCUUUCGUCCAACUCCCACCGUCUAUACCCCAAUGUCCUUCUCCUGCAUGCGAUAUGCGGCAGAAAUCGGGCUGGCUGGCUGACGUGCGCAUCGCUGAUUGGUGGAAACAUACGAACUCACCCAUCAUUGUAUGGCCUUGUCGCCUUGCCGUACCUCCUUUGUUUCCUUCUCCUGACACAUCCAUAU